CUAAGUGAGAAGUAUCGAUAAUUGCAAUAGCAAGCAAUGCGACGGGUGCCCUGGCUGGUCCUGGUCACGCUGCUGCUGCCAGCUGCGCUGUUAGUAGCCGCACAAGAUGCUGCUAUGGGGGUGGAAAGUGAGCAAGAGGAGUUCAUGGAGGGCGUUCAGGCCCCGGGGGAAAGCAUUACUAUAAUGCUGGACCUGGGCACGAAGCGUGACCGGGCAGCUGUUAGAGAUCUGGCGGGUCGGCUAAAGUCGCUACCGCUCUUAGCGAGCACGUCUAUAGCAGUUGUAGGCCGGGACAAGUUGGUGCUGACGCCAAGUGCGAAGCACGACGUUGAGAAGGUGAAGCAGCUGCUGCUCCAGCAGCCGGAGAUCUACGAGCUGGAGGUUAACGAGCAGGCCUUCCGGCGGCCGGGCGCCAAGCCGUACAAUCAACUCCGGAAGGAGCACCUGGCGGAGUCCAUGGCAAGCUCACGGAACUCACUGCAGCAGAAGAUCAGAGACAAGCUGCGAUCGCUGUUGGGCUCUCGGAAGAAGAGGGGCGAGGCUGGCGGUGGUGACAGUGAUGGUGGUGACGGCGGCGGCAUGAAGCGCCGCCGCCAGAAGGUGAAGAAGGCCAAGGGCAGCAAGGCUGGCGGCGCUGGUGGGGAGGAGGGCUCGCCGGAAAAGGAAGCACAGCGGGCGGUGCGCCGCGCGGAGAAGCGCGCAAAGCAGGAUGCGAAGCGGCGGGAGUUGAAACGGGAGGGUGCAGUGGCAGAGGAGGAGCAGGGUGCUGCGGGAGGGGCGGCCGGUGGUGCGCCGGCUGGGAAGCGCGUGCCGCUUGCUGAUCAGGUUCAGGUGGGGCGUCCGGACGUGUAUGAGUACGCGGGUUAUGAAGCGGGUCAAGGCAACGUGGAGCUGUAAUGGCAGUCAGGGGAGAUGCUAGCCGGGGUAACUUGGACGACGGUGUAGGGGCUGCUGUUGUGCGCAGUAUUAGUGUGGAGGUGGCAGACUUCUGGUCGUGGCUUGCUGCGUUCGUGAGUCUGCGACAGCCCCUGCGCUGUUGUUGUAAGCCUGAGCAUGGGGGUCAUUCGGGAUUGCUGCCCGGGGUUUGGUGUCGUUUAGUGUACCAUACAACGUUGACCAAACUCUGUAGUUGCUGUCGCCGCUUGUGCAAAUCGCCCGGGUUUGGCUCCAGUUACGCCCCGGCUAUCGUG